AUGGACUCAACCGUUGUCUCCGCCAUGAAGGGCGAAAAACUGAAGGAACCAAGUCAAUGGAGGAAUUGGUUCGCACGAAUCAAGAUCUAUGCACGACAGAAGAGGGUAUGGGAACUGAUCGACCCUCACACCGCAGAAGAAGAUCUGGAAAAGCCAAUUCGCAAACCUCGAAGACCGCAAUACCCGGAGGGUGGCAACGAACUUGCGAAGAGAGAGUGGAGAGAUCGUAUGGAUAUCUACAAGCUGGACCUUGCCGAAUGGGAACAGCAAAACAAGAGCCUAGAUGCCAUCAAUGAAUGGAUCAUCUCAAAUCUGGAUCCAGUCCAUCACACCUCGAUGCUUAACUACGAAACCCCAUACGGACGGCUUGUAUAUCUUCAAACCCGAUUUGGCCGAUCAUCUGCGGCAGAAGAAGAUAUCCGUGCACAGUGGAAGCGAGUGUCAGCCUCACCACCAAAGAGGGGUUCUGAUAUCGAUCAGUGGAUCAAUGAAUGGGAUGCACUAAGAGAGCAAGGUGUAAGCCUAGACCUGCCAGAAAUGAAGAGUGCCAAUAAGGACUUCCUCCGCGCUGUUAAAGAUCUACUCCCUGUUUGGUGGCAGCUGAAAUUUGAGGCGAUCGUGCUGAACCAGGAAGAAUGGGAUACUCGCGAUUUGAUUGAAAACUUCAGAGGAAGUUAUCGUGAGCUGCACCCACAGAGCGCGAGCACUGUCAGCACUAUUUCCAAAGCAUCGUUUUCGACACUGCAAGGUUUCGAUGAAGCUAGACCAGAGCCACCGCAGGGAAAGCCGCAAGGCCAGCAAGCGCAGGAAUCGCCACGUGAACGAACUUUACCACCGAUCCCGAAGCGAUAUUGCCCCUGUGGUAACCGUCACCAUAAGCCGUGGAAGUGCUGGGCGGUCAACCGGGAUGCAUUCCCUGACAAAGAAGUUUUUGAGAAGACCGCGAGGCGAGUGGAAGAUCGUCUUUCGAAAGACCCGGCGUGGAAAGCCUGGAUAGAGAAAUCUGUCAGGGAUCACAACGAGAAGAAUGGAGUGAGGCCUGCCACGAAUACGGCCAAUAGCACACAACUGUAUGGCUCCUUCCUCACCACAGCAACCAUUUUGACUGAGGAGGAGCAACUUGAAGUCCUCCGUGAAGACAUUGGAAUACCGGAAGGAUCAGUCAACCGGAACACGCAGGAAGAUCGCCAACAAGAACUCCACGAGAGUAAUCAUGAAGGCACAGAGAAUGAACACCAGGAAGAACUUGAUCAUGAGGACCGUACACCUGAGGGGGGUGUAUGCACCGAUCACCCCGGAACCUGA